AUGGCGUGCCCGAUGCGGGUGUGGCUGCUGGUGAUAUCGAGCGUCGUCGCCGCGUACCUCGCGUGGACGUCGUCGCUCUUCGGCGGCGGCGCGCUGGGGAUGAGCGACGGUGAGGAUGAGGCGCUGAACGACCGGGCCGCGAAGGUUAAGAGUCGGGUUGGGAAAAAGGGUGCGAUGACGUGGAGGGACUGGGGCUGGUUCGUCGUCGACGGACUGACGGGAAAGUACCUGUACGGGGUGGCGAUGAACGGCGGCGGCCGGGCUGGAAGCCAGCGGGGGACUAGACGUUCGGCGCGGAGAAAGCAAGAUUGA